AGCCUAUGCCUUAGCUAAUAAUUUUCUUGCGCUUACGUACUUUUAUCCCACAGCUAGUGAGAACGAACGAGGUUCUACCACAAGUUAUUGAACUACUAAGAGAAACACAGCAUCACUUGACUGGUGGCAUGUAUCAGGCUCGAGAGUUCAACGAUAACCCGGAAGAAAAAGUAAAAGAAAUCUUUCCCGCGGAAGCCUUCCAAUCUUUCAAAAAGGCAAUGGAAUUAUACCCACCGCUUCCCAGGAUCAAAAAGCCGGACGUACAGCAAAACGAAGAUUUGGGAAAUCUUUACCUCUCGAAAGCUACACGCUAUUUAAAAGAAAUUCGAACAAAUGUAGAGGAAACGGAAGCGGACUGUCAGCAAACCAUUUUUGAUAACGCAAAGGCAGCCUGUAAAUUGGAAAUCGAAAUUGGCAGAGAAAGAGAUCUUUUCAGUAAGGAAAGAGUCAAGAUCCUGUCUCAGUCCGUCUAGCUAGCUGAAUGGAAGGCUAGAACCAGUUUUCAAAUCGCAAGGCAGUGAAUGCACUAUUAGAGUUUUACCUAAGAUUAAUAACCACAUCUUGUCUCGCAAGCAUUGUUACAUGAUAGUUUUUAACGUCGCAUUGUUAUAAGUAAAAAAGAAAAAGACUAGCUGUAUUGAUUGGUUGGGCUAAUAUGGAUUUAAUUAAAGCAGUAGUAAAGGGUCAACUGGACUUGGUUAAGCAUGAUGCUUUGAUAGCCUGGU